AACGUUGAAUCUGUAAUAGCUCUAUGGUUGAACCAUGUGAACCCUCUUUGGUGACCUGCAUUCGAGCUCAUCUCCGAGUGACCGGCUCCGAAGAGAAUCUGCCAAUCAACGUGCGUGAUUCUAUUCACGAUAGUGACCUUUGUAAAGUCGGAUAAAGACACACCGCACCGACCUCUGGGUUUUAAGCAGAUCAGUGUAUUUAUUGAAAAGAUGCGGUUUGAUCUGUGUUCCAACACUCUAGAUCUAUUUUGAUAUCAUUUAUAAACGAUGUUGAUCUGUGGCCGUACAUCUCAUGCACGUAUCUUUUCAAGCCAAGCACUAAUUACUAGGAUUUAAUGAACGAUUCUUAAGGGGAUCUUCCUGAACUUAGAAGUUAACCCUGGAACGCACCAUAAUUAUAAAGGUCAUACAUUAUUUUAGGACAACAGAUAACCGAGAAAAAGGAAAAACUUGACUGAAAUAAGAUAAUUGCACCGUAUUUGGUAUUCAACUUCGCAAAACCUCGAUGAGAUUGUUAUUCCUGAUCGAGAUACCAAAGUACUUGAAGGGAAAUUAGCCUACUGGUCGUUAAUGAAAGAAAAAAAGCACAUUGGCCUAUAAAAAAAGGAGCCUUCAGGAAUAAGGAGCUAUGUUUGUUCAUGUCGCGAGAACAGUCAGCUCGAUGGUUCGAGCUCCUGGGCGAAUACCCCCUCUAAUCUCACCAUGGAGUUUGGCUAGAUACCAUUCGAGAAUAGCAACAAUAAGUUCCUCCUUAGACAUGCCAAAGCUGAUGACGUAUGAAAAUGGAGAAAAGGGCAAAUCUAUCUUCACACGAAAAGAGAUGCAACGGCGCGUCGACGCCCUCCGGAGUCAUAUGCUCGACAACGAGAUCGGUGGCGUACUUCUGACAUCGAUGCACAACAUCAAAUACUUCUCCGACUACCUUUACUGCAGCGUGGGUCGCCCCUACGGGCUCGUGAUCACCAUGGACAAAGUGAUCAAUAUCGCAUCUCUCGUCGACGCUGGCCAGGCCUGGCGGAUGUCACCUUAUAGCGACGACGUGGUCAUCUACACCGACUGGCAUCGGGACAACUUUUGGAGCGCCGUUGAGCACCUCCUCGGCAACACUUCGGGGAGGAUCGGAGCAGAGUUUGACCAUAUACCUCAUGCAGGGAAACUAAAGUUAGGACAAGCCUCAUCUCGAGACGACAUCGUCGAUGUCGGUAUACCCAUCAUGCAGAUGCGGAUCAUCAAAUCACCAGAAGAAAUAGCUGUUGUAAAAGAAGGAGCCCGCAUAGCAGACCUGGGCGGAGAAGCUGUGGCCUCUGCGAGCGUAGAGGGCGCUGCUGAAUACGAAAUCGCCCAGUAUGCGACGACGGUCAUGAUGCGAGAGGUGGCGAAAACGUUCCCAGACUCAGAUAUUCGAGACACAUGGUCAUGGGUUCAGACUGGGCCAAUAAACUCAGACGGUGCACACAAUGCAACCACGACACGAACACUCAUCAACGGCGACAUCAUCGUCCUCAACGUCUUCCCUAUGAUCGCCGGAUAUUUCUCGGCAUUGGAAAGAACCCUGUUCCUAAACCAUGUACCUUCAGACCGCCAUCUUGAAGUAUGGCAGGUUAACUGCGAUGUUCACCGGCGCGGUAUGGAGCUCGUCAAACCCGGUGUCAAAUGCUGCGACAUCGCACUGGAGUUGAACGAGAUGUACCGGGAAAAGAACCUGCUUCAGUACCGGAGCUUUGGCUAUGGACACUCAUUCGGGGUUCUGUCUCAUUACUACGGGCGCGAAGCUGCACUCGAACUGAGAGAAGACAUCGAGACUGUGUUACAGCCCGGUAUGGUACUCUCCAUGGAACCACAUCUCACAAUACCCGACGGGCAGCCUGGGACUGGAGGCUACAGGGAACACGAUAUCAUGGUUGUGACAGAAGAGGGCGCUAGCUCGAUAACCAAAUUUCCGUAUGGACCAGAAUAUAACAUCAUCCACAAAUGAUGACAUAGUCAUGAAUGUAAACUUUUAUCAAACGAUCUAUCAAUUUAGCUAUUCCAGUUCAAAUGGCAAUGAUCUUGAUAAAAUUACUUAAAGGUUCUUAAAGGAUUUAGAAGAAUUAUCUCGGCAAGCCAGAUAUUGGCUAUUUUGAUGUGUAAUCUUACACAGCAAGAUCAGAACAUCUACUGACCUAUUACAUGUAUUAUAGGUUUAAGUAAUUGUGUACUCUUUAUUGUAUAUACAUCUAGGCCUAGGUAAAAGGAUGUAAAUGUUAAUUUAGGGGGAACCGUUUUUGUCUCACCUGCAUAGCAGAGUGAGACUAUAGGCGCCGCUUUUCCGACGGCGG